CCUCUGUGCCUACAGGUGGCGUUGGCGCAGCACAGUCUCGCCUUCUUCAACCGUACGUCGUUGAUGGUGCUGCGCUCUACGCUCAGCGUUCAAGGUCACACGUCGCUCAGCUUCCGCACGUGCGCAGGCGGAGAGCUGCUCUACCAGCGCGGAGACAGUGGCGACACCUUGCGGUUCGAGGUUCUAAACAACGGAACGUUGCUGAUGGAGUGGCUAGCAGGUGGCGCCGCCGGCGUCGUCCUCCACCCGGCGCGCAACCUCGCCGACAACCAGUGGCACGUGCUCGACUUCCGACAGUCGCGCCCCCUGGUGGUGACGCUGGCGGUGGAUGCGACGACGGCGGUUGUUUCGAACCCGAGUGUUACAGACAUGAUCUCAGACAAAACAUAG